CGCCCGGUAUUUCGGUCCCGUGCCGGGGUCCGGUGGGGUCCGGCGGCGACCGGGCGGCCACACCCAGUGGCGCGCCAGGGGCUCUCGCAGGUCAUCGCUUAACUCUGCUCGGGCGUGAGACCGACCCAGGUGUCCGACGAUGGUGCACUGGAAGCGGGACCUCGACCUCUACACCAUCGGCCGCCCGCUGGAACGCAAUGCCGGCUUCUGGCUCAACUACAUGAAGGGCCUGAAAGGCGAGCGCGAGGACUCGCGGCGCAUCCCGAGCGUGCCGUGCCCCAGCGUCGGCUCGCACCCGUACUGGGCCGAGACGCCGACCCGGCGCGACCUGAUGGACCCGCGCUUCGGCGACCCGCUCGGCGCCGCCGGCAUCGCACACAGCGCCGAGUUUGACGACCUGCGCGACAUCAUGGCGCGCGCCAACCGCCGACGCCGUCAGCAGGAGAUCGACGACCAGCGGGCGCGCGCUCGGCCUGUACCCCUAAAGGUGGCGCAGCGGGCGCGGUGGGCGGGCGGCGGGGCGGACACAACGGCGGGGGCCAACGGCGAGGGAGGCGCCACUCAGGCGUCGGCCGCGUCAGUUUUGUCGGCUUUGGCUGAAUACACCCAGUGA